UCGAAAUAUGCAUGUUAGGCUGCUUUAAACCUUCCAGGAGUGCACCUGCACUGUGCAGGUUUCCAUCAUCAUACCCAUAGAAACGUUUCUGUAUAAGACUGCACAACGGAGUUUGAGGAAUGACUCGUAGCGACUCAUCUGUAGAAUGAAGAAGAGUGCAGUUCCUCCCGUGGUAUCAUGAGGGAAUGGUGGUUGCAUGUGGGGUUGCUGUGUGUCCCCCUGAUCGCCGUGUACCUUCACAUCCCCCCACCGCAGCUCUCCCCAGCCCUGCAAAACUGGCGCUCGGCUGGACACCACUUCAGCUUCAGAGGCAACAAAAUCUUCUACCGAGAAUCAUAUGGUCCUCUGGGAAGCUCUGAUGUGGUGUUACUUCUUCAUGGCUUUCCUACCUCCAGCUAUGACUGGCAUAAAAUCUGGGAGCCUCUGACACAACGCUUUAACCGAGUCAUUGCACUGGACUUUCUAGGCUUUGGCUUUAGUGAUAAACCAAGGCCUCAUCGGUAUUCCAUCUUUGAGCAGGCCAGUGUGGUGGAAGCCCUGCUCUCUCAUCUGGGUCUCAUGGAUCAAAGGGUCAACAUCUUGUCACAUGACUAUGGAGACACAGUAGCACUAGAGCUGCUUUACAGGAGUGACCAGAACCGAACUGGACAUCUGACCAUUAACAGUCUCUGUCUCUCCAAUGGAGGUAUAUUCCCAGAGACACAUCACCCGAGACUCCUGCAGAAGGUGCUAAAGGAUGCUGGUUUCCUGUCUCCUGUGCUUACGCGUCUUUGUAACUUCAUGGUUUUCUCUAGAGGGAUCGGAGAUGUGUUUGGGCCCUAUACCCAACCCACAGAGGCAGAGUUCUGGGACAUGUGGACUGGUGUUCGCUUUAAUGAAGGGAACUUGGUCAUGGACAGCAUCCUGCAGUAUAUAAACCAAAGGCUUAAACACAGAGACAGGUGGGUUGGGGCACUCACCUCAACCUUUGUCCCAUUGCACAUUAUCUAUGGACCAAUGGACCCAGUCAAUCCUCACCCUGACUUUAUCCGUCUUUACCAGAAACUGGUUCAGAGGUCCACUGUAUCAGUUCUGGAUGAGCAUAUCAGUCAUUAUCCACAGCUGGAAGAUCCAAUGGGUUUCAUGAAUGCUUAUUUUAAUUUUAUCAAUUCUUUCUGAACUAACUUUGUGGCCAAUGAAGUUUAAGGAGACACACUGUUUAAUCAGAUCCCUGUGCUAAACUGAGUUUUUAGCCAGUUAAAGCUGGCUUCUGACCGGCCACCAGUCGUAUAUAACCAAUCUGUAUGGUAUUUAAGAAUCCAAGAACAAAAGUAUCUCAAGCCAAACUGCUCCUGCAAAUCAGUAUUCAGCUACAGAGGGGGCUGCCUCAUCAGACAAGUGCUAUAUGCCCCACAAAGUAAAACAUGAGCAAAGAUAAAAAAAAGUCAAGAUAUUUCUUCCAUGUUGUAUGCGUGGUAAAAAUCCAUGUGAUCUUACCUUUUGGAGGGGUGAGAGGAAAUGCUGUCAUAUUUAAAUGUAAAUGUUCUUUCUAGUUGUGUGUACAUAAUUAGUAAAUUCUGCAAUAAUGACCUACCCCACAAAAGCUUUUAUUCAAAUGAAAUAAACAUUUUUAGCAACAAUUUUUGCUGUCAGUUCUCAUAAAUACAUCAAAUUGUUUCUAUUCCACCUGUGACAUUGUAAAGGUAAAAAAAUGGCAUAUAUGGAAAUAACCCACAUAAAAUGUUGUGUG